UCCCCACCCAUCUAAACAGGCAUAGAAUUGCACCCUUAACAGUUUUUCUGUGGUAAGGAACAAGAUGGAAGAAGCAGUGGGGAAACAUGAGAGGGUUACAAGUGGAAGAUGCCAUCAUCUCUGGACCAUCACACCACCCCAGUAAAAAUAGUUGUCCCUUUUAAGAUGGAAGAUGGCCUUGUGGAUGUGCUCCAGGCAUUCGGUGUGCGAGAGGGCAAGGACGGGGUCACCAUCGCUGCUGGCAUCUGCACCCAGAGGAAUGGAUCCGAGGAAAGUGACCUGGCCUUCCGCCUAGAGAAUCAGACACAUUUCAGUGCCACAACCAGGCAGCUCUUUCCUGAUGGCAUCUUCCCAGUGGACUUCUCAAUACUCACUACACUGCGAGCACUCAAAGGGAGCCAGUCUUUCUUGCUAUCCAUGUAUGAUGUGCGGGGCGUCCAGCAGCUUGGGGUGGAGAUUGGACGGUCCCCUGUCUUCCUGUAUGAAGACCAGCUUGGUCACCCUGUGCCCGAAGAUUACCCUCACUUUCGCCGUCUCAACUUGGCUGAUGGCAAGUGGCAUCGCAUUGCCCUGAGCGUGGAAGGUGGGAACGUAUCUUUAAGUGUCGACUGUGAAGACCCCAUGACACUACCCCUGAAGCGAGGUCCACAGCCUGUCGUCAGUGUCGAAGGCAUCACCUUGCUUGGUGCUCGCCGGCCAGAUGAAGAUGUUUUUGAGGGUGAUCUGCAGCAGCUGUUGGUUGUGCCGGAUCCAGCAGCCGCAGCCCGCUACUGCCAGCAUUACAUGCCUGAUUGCAGCAGGCAGCUCACUUACACGUUGCAUACCCAGGAUCCUGAAGAGAACAUUCCCCGCAGGAAGGGCAAGAAGGGCAAGGGCAAAGGCAGGGGCAAGGGCAAGAAGAGAGGCAGAGGGAAGAAGAAGAGGAACAAGGAGUCGCCCGAGACGUCCUCGCUCACUCCGGCCCCAGGCCAGUAUGAGACUGCAACUCAAGCUACUCCUACAAAGGCAGCAGCCGAGUUCUGGGAGGAGAGUCCCAAUGGAGAGCCUAGAGUCAUGACUGCUACCACCGUCACAGUCAGCUUUAACCUCACAGACAACUAUGAGGACCUUUUGGGAGAGGAGUAUGUGAUUGGUGAGGACACGGACCUGGAUGCCAAUGGCACUCUUCGAGCAUACGAUGAGAGGCUUGACUACCGAGCCAGGGACUAUGAGGACUACUAUGACCGAAGGGAUGGCAGUGAGGAAGAGCGGUAUGACCUAGCUGAGCGAAUUGAAGACACUGUCCAGUUCUCCAAGGAAAAAAAUCUGAAGGGAGAGAAAGGGGAGCCCGCAGUCAUAGAGCCGGGCUGGCGUUUUGAUGGGCCAGCUGGAUACCCAGGUCCACAGGGUGAGACAGGCCCCAUGGGACAAGCAGGGCCACCAGGAUUUCCAGGAGAUCCUGGAGAGCGGGGACCACCAGGACUCCCAGGCCUUCCAGGAGCUGAUGGCAUGCGUGGACCUCCUGGGACAAUGAUUAUGUUACCAUUCCAGUUUGGUGGUGACUCAGCUAAGGGCCCUUCAGUGUCCUUCCAGGAGGCCCAGGCUCAGGCUAUUUUGCAGCAAGCAAAGCUUUCCAUGAAGGGUCCCCCUGGUCCCAUGGGCCUUACUGGACGGCCGGGGCCACUGGGUCUGCCAGGGAAUUCUGGACUGAAAGGGGAUUCUGGUGAUCCAGGACCACAGGGUUCCCCUGGCAUACAGGGAUCAGUUGGACCCCCAGGGAAAACUGGAAAGCGGGGUCGCUCAGGAGCAGAUGGUGCCAGAGGACUCCCGGGAGAAACUGGACCCAAGGGUGAUCGGGGCUUUGAUGGGCUCCCAGGACUUCCAGGAGAAAAGGGGAACCGGGGAGAUUUUGGAAAGCCAGGCCCACCUGGAGCUCCUGGUGAGAAUGGCGCAAAGGGAUCUGAUGGCACACAAGGCCCCAGAGGACAGCCUGGGGAAGCUGGCAUGCGUGGUUUGGCUGGCUCACGAGGUGCUCCUGGACCCCCAGGCCAGCCGGGUGUCAGUGGCAUUGAUGGGGCACCUGGACAGAAAGGCAAUUUGGGCAUUCAGGGUGAGCCAGGCCCGCCUGGGCAGCAGGGAAAUCCUGGUUCUCAGGGUCUGCCUGGUCCCCAAGGUCCUGUUGGGCUUCCAGGUGAAAAGGGUCCACCAGGAAAAUCAGGGAUACCAGGAAUGGCUGGGAUGGAUGGGCCUCCGGGUCAUCCUGGAAGAGAAGGGCCAGCUGGAGAGAAAGGAGUCCAGGGUCCAUCUGGUGCAGCAGGGCCAAUUGGCUAUCCAGGGCCCCGUGGAGUCAAGGGGGCCUUUGGAGUGAGGGGCCUGAAAGGCAGCAAAGGUGAAAAGGGUGAAGAUGGAUUCCCUGGCUUCAAGGGUGAUAUGGGCCCAAAAGGUGACCGGGGUGAUGCUGGCCCUUUGGGUAUGCGUGGUGAAGAUGGCCCUGAGGGGCUGAAAGGGCAGGCUGGACCUCUUGGGGAAGCAGGUUCUCUUGGCCUAGCUGGAGAGAAGGGCAAGCUGGGGGUGCCAGGCCUGCCAGGGUACCCUGGCCGCCAGGGACCUAAGGGUUCGACUGGAUUUCCAGGGCCUCUGGGCCUCAUUGGAGAAAAAGGCAAACGAGGCAAAGCUGGCCAAGCUGGGCAAACUGGGCAGCGAGGUCCCUCGGGUCUUCCAGGUGAGCGUGGUUUGCCAGGGUCCACCGGAAAACCAGGAACAAAGGGCGACUCUGGGCAUGAUGGGGCCCCUGGGACUAUAGGGGAAAAGGGUCCUACUGGACCACAGGGCCCCAAUGGAUUCCCAGGACCCAAGGGACCACCUGGCCCUGCUGGGAAAGAUGGUUUACCGGGACAUCCAGGCCAGCGUGGUGAGCCAGGAUUUCAUGGCAAAAAUGGCCCACCGGGGCCUGCUGGUGUUGUGGGGCCACAGGGAAACUCUGGAGAAACGGGGCCCAUGGGGGAGAGAGGGCAUCCAGGAUCCCCUGGUCCUCCUGGAGAACAAGGGCUUCCAGGUGCUGCUGGCAGGGAAGGUGCCAAGGGUGAUCCUGGACCUAGCGGCAUCCCAGGUAAAAAUGGCCCUCCUGGAAUGAGAGGCUUUACGGGGGCUCGAGGACCUGCUGGAGAGACUGGACCAACCGGACUGAAAGGGGCUGAGGGACCACCUGGUCCACCAGGCCCCACGGGUUCCACUGGUGAGCGAGGGCCCUCAGGGGCAGCUGGGGGCAUCGGACUGCCUGGACGAGGGGGCAACCAAGGACCUCCUGGCCCUGCAGGGGAGAAGGGGGCACCGGGUGAGCGAGGCCCAAUGGGUCCAGCUGGGCAUGAUGGAAUCCUGGGUCCAAUAGGGCUGCUGGGCCCUGCCGGGCCACCGGGACUGGCUGGAGAAGAUGGUGACAAGGGAGAGAUGGGUGGUCCAGGACAGAAGGGAAGCAAGGGAGACAAAGGGGAAGCGGGUCCCCCAGGACCUACUGGGAUCCAGGGUCCUAUUGGGCAUCCAGGCCCUGCUGGAGCUGAUGGGGAACCUGGGCGCCGAGGGCAGCAGGGCAUGUUUGGACAGAAAGGAGAUGAAGGAGCCCGUGGAUUCCCAGGGGUCAGUGGCCCAUCCGGGUUGCAGGGGAUGCCAGGCCCCCCAGGCGAGAAGGGUGAGAGCGGCGACGUUGGCCCAAUGGGACCACCAGGAUCUCCAGGGCCCCGAGGCCCACAGGGUCCCAGCGGUGGGGAUGGCCCGCAUGGUCCACCUGGUGGACUGGGACAGCCAGGAGCUGUUGGUGAAAAGGGUGAGCCAGGUGAAGCAGGGGACCCUGGACCUCCAGGGGAGCCAGGACGGCAAGGCGUGAAGGGUGAUUUAGGUGAAAAAGGGGACUCUGGCCAAUCAGGAGCUGCAGGGCCCCCUGGCAAGAAGGGUCCCCCAGGAGAAGAUGGAUCGAAAGGGAACCUGGGCCCAAUAGGAUUCCCUGGUGACCCAGGCCCAUCCGGAGAUCCUGGCCCUCCUGGCCUAGAUGGAGGUCCUGGUGAGAAAGGUGACAUCGGAGAUCCUGGGCUUCCAGGACCCCCUGGAGCUUCUGGGGAACCAGGUCCACCAGGAUCACCAGGAAAGAGGGGACCUGUUGGCCCAGUUGGCCGUGAAGGUCGACAGGGUGAAAAAGGGGCCAAGGGAGAGCCCAGUACAGAAGGACCACCAGGGAAGAUGGGACCCGUGGGCCCACAAGGACCACCAGGUCGACCUGGCUCAGAAGGACUACGUGGGAUUCCCGGCCCAGCGGGUGAACAAGGUCUACUGGGAGCACCAGGCCAAGCAGGGCCCCCAGGACCCAUGGGUCCCACUGGGCUCCCAGGCCUCAAAGGUGAUCCUGGCUACAAGGGAGAGAAGGGCCAUGCAGGACUCAUUGGGUUGAUCGGCCCCCCAGGUGAGGUGGGUGAGAAAGGUGACCAGGGGCUGCCAGGGAACCAGGGAACACCAGGCCCUAAGGGCGACCCCGGAGUUGUUGGACCCCUCGGCCCCCCAGGCCCACCUGGCUCUCCCGGCCUCUCAGGACCUCUGGGACAAAAGGGCAACAAGGGGUCACCGGGGCCUAUUGGACCAAAAGGCGAUCCAGGACUUCGCGGACCCCCAGGGCCACCAGGCCGCCCAGCUGAGAUGCAGAACCCUCUGCCUAUGGAAAGUGGCCGCAAGAGCCGUCGCGACUGGGAGCUAGGGGAGCAGGGUGAUGCACCAGGGGCAAUGGAUGCUGACCCCGACGCCGAUGGACCGGCAGAGGUCCUGGCAGCCCUGAGCUCCCUACGUGACGAGGUGGAGCAAAUGCGAUGUCCGCUGGGCAGCCCAGAGAGUCCAGCCCGGGUCUGCAAGGAGCUUCAGUUUUGCCAUCCCCACCUCACAGAUGGUGAAUACUGGAUUGAUCCUAACCAAGGGUGCGGCCGAGAUGCCUUCAGAGUUUUCUGCAACUUCACAGCUGGUGGGGAAACCUGCUUAUUCCCCGACAAGAAAUUUGAGGCUGUACGACUCGCCGCCUGGAACAAGGAGCGACCAGGAAGCUGGUUCAGCACAUUCAAGAAGGGCAAGAAGUUCUCCUAUGUGGAUGCAGAUGGCAACCCCGUGCAAGUGACCCAGCUCACAUUCCUGCGCUUGCUGAGUGCCACUGGCUACCAGAACUUCACCCUCCUCUGCCAAAAUGCAGCUGCCUGGUAUGAGGCCAGCACCGACAGCCAUGCUCGAGCCUUGCGCUUUCUGGCCUUCAACGGGGUGGAGCUGAUGCACAACAGCACAGAAGUGCCAGUCCGUGCCUUGUAUGAUGGAUGCCAGGUGCGCAAGGGCCAGGAGCGGACAGUUCUGCAGGUUCGGACGGGACGCGUGGAGCAGCUGCCGUUGGCCGAUGUGGCCGUUCAGGAUUUCGGGGACACCAACCAGAAGUUUGGCUUUGAGCUUGGGCCUGUCUGCUUCAGCGGCUGAGUCCUUCAGAGAUGGACAGCCCUCUCCAGACUGUGGGACUACCACCCCCUGAGAAAGAGAGCGCUGAAAGCCCCUUCUCCCUGCAUUUGGGGAGUGGGCUGCAGGAGAGGAGCCGGCCCUGCAAAGACCUGCCGUUGUAUUUAACCAGAUGACAGCCUCCUAUUUAUGCGGCCAAGGUCCCUUGGGGCCGGGACUCUUGGGGAGCGGUGCAGGGCCCAGACUGAGCCAGGGCCCUCCCUUUCUGCUGCCCCGACAAAUGGUGCUAUUACGCCGCCUUAGUGAAGCACUGGACUGACUGCCCGGCACUGGCCACCUGCAGGGAUGGGGGCAACAGAGACCACAUCCCACACUGUUGACCUUCUCCCACCACCACUCCCACCACCACCACUAAUAAGGGCAUGGAGGCAUCAAGAUCUUGUUUGAAGCAUCUUGAGAACUGGGUGUUCAGGGCCAAUCUAUUGGCACAACCACCCAAAAAGGACACAGGGAUUGGAUGGGGAAAAUGGUGGGGUAGAGCAAACCAAUGAGCAACCAAGGGCAUGGAGCCAAGGCUUAAGGACUGAGCAGAGGGCAUCCAGAGCCUCCAUGUUGAUCCUAUUUAAUUCAGUUCAAUUGGAAGGUACUGUCUUGGCAUGACAGUGGUAUCCCACUCUUACCAUUUAAUCUGGAUAGGACAGGUCCCGUUAAGAACCUUGACAGAGUAGGGGGAUGGGUAGGGGUUAACCCCACCAGAAGAUGCCCAGAGACUCUACUUGGAGCCUGCACCCCCUUGUGGCUGUUCUUCACUGUUGCCUGUUCCUACUCCAGUGCCCUAACAACAAAGCCAGGGGAGCUGGGAGAGGCUGAGCCUGUUCCCCUCUUUUUGUCCUCCACAAAAAACCCAGCUAUGAACCUGAAGUUAUCUCUAAGGAUGGGUGAACAAGCAAUUUUCUCCAAACACCCAGUUUGAAGCUCACCUCGUCUCCCACUUCUUCUUUUUUUGCAAACGGGAAAGGUGUGUAUUUUGAAUGGUGGUGGUGGUGGGGGGAAAUGUGCACGUUCUAAAGAACACACCCAAAAUGUGCAGUUUUCCUCCAUAGGGCAAAGCAUAAAAAUUAGCAUUUCUUCUAACCCGAAUGCGAGUUCAGGAAUUUGCAAGCCUUUUCAGAGAACAUGCAUUCGGGUUCAGGGUUGCAGUCGUGGGACGCUUGCGCGGUUUGCAAGCACUGGUGAAAUUCGCAUACAUCCCUAGUUAUCUUCAUGCUUCAUGAAGAGGAACUAGUAGCAGUGCUCUCUCCACCCCGAUCACCCCUGUCUAUCAUUCCGUCCAUGUUGGGGCAGAGUGUGGAGGAUUCUGGGUCCCUGUUUCUUUUGGCAGAUGCCUUUAAGAUAUGGCUUGCAAUUCUGACAUGCGCGUCCCUCUGCGGAGGGAGGAUGACGUGGUGCAGGUUGGUUCCCAAUUAUCCCAGAACCUGUCAUUCUAACAGGUUCCCUGUUUGCCCAAAGCCCCUAAGAGUGGAUACAGGACAUAAGGCCUUUAAACCCUGUGCCUGUCCCAUACUCAGACCUUAGCACUGACCUUACUUCAAACUCUGGUGCUAUAGAUGCCUAUAUUUUGUAUGCUUCCUCCUUGUAUCUCAGGCUGUGGCACCCACCGGGUAUGUGCGUGUAUGUUUGUGUGGGUGAGUGGGUGUACGUGUGUUUGUUACUGUAUCAUCUUAACAACCUGUAUUAAACCUCAGAGCGUG